CGAAAGUUUUGAUGGACCUCAAUUAUAUAACAAAAUUGCAUUUUUAUCAUUGAUUACAAUAAUAAGAAUUGUAUAACUAUAUUUGUGAGAGUCCAUGUCUCUCACUUAUAUCUUUGGUAGAACCUUUUGUGGGAGCUCUCUUGAUUGACUCAUCCCUAAACUUAUGCAAAUACAACCUAUUUAUAGUUGUUCAAUAUAUGUCAUCUUCAUUCUCUAGAAUUUUCUACUUCUUCACUGACUAGAUUUUUCUAGACACUUAGAUAUUUUUCUAAGUAAGUUCUAGACAUUAUUUUGGCUAAAUUUUUCUACACACUUUACUACUAGAUUUUUAAAAAGUACAUUAUACAUUUAGAUUAACAUUUUAACAAACCCGUGAACUACCCUAACCCCCUUCUUAAUUUUACAUUCCAAACAUAGUCUCAAACCCAGUUUCCAACUCGUGAACCACCCUGUACAUGACCGGGUUGACUCAUGACCUAGCUGAAGCGGGUCACCCCACCCGGUAGCCAAAAGCCAACUCUACUCGCGACUGUUGCCAGUUGCCACCGCUUAAUCCGGAAGACGGAAGUCGAAGUUUGUAGAAGAAUUGAAGAAAAAAACACAUAUGCUUAGAACAGGGAGGAGCUUUCUAGAUAUUUAGCCGUUACGUCUUCGAAAUUUGCAAACCCCAUCCAUCUCUCACCUCUGACCAAAUCAUCUUCCUCACUUCCAAUCAAAGAUGGAAGAACAGCAUAUUACCCAGAAAAGAAGAAAGAUACAUGAAAUCAACAACAACAAUAACAGUGAAUCAUCAUUAACAAGGAGGAUAAAGAUGUUUUGUCCAGCAGCAUCAAAGGUAGCAGAAAUCAUGGCGUGGGAAGACCAGAGAUUGGAUUUAGGCAAAAUUGCUCGAGUUUUCGGGCUCGAACCCGAGACCUUGAAGCUCAAUGGACACUUCAUUAGUAGAGGUGUAGACCUAAUUGCUUCCUCUGUUACAUGGAGGUCGCUUCUUUCUUUCUUCUGUUCUAAGGGUUUGUCUACUGGAACUGAUUCUUCCGAUGCUCUCGUCGUCGAUGGAAAGCUCUUCAACUCUGGCAUUAAGAGAGGACGUGAUUCGGGACCUGUAGUUGAGAAUGGAGUGAAUUGUGUAAAUUUACAAGAGGAAGGUGGAGGAACUGGGCGAAUCAAUAAGAAGUUGAAGGAGAAUCAGAUGGAUAAAUUUGGUGACAGUAUUGCAUUGAAAAGGAAAAUUUGUCUGGAAAAUGUUAGUCCCUUGAUAAAGAGAAACAGAGUUAAUGGAAGCUACUCAGACGAAUUCUCUAUAGGUCAUGAAGAAAGUGAGUAUAGCAUCAGCAAGCUACGUUGUGGCUACCAGUUGCGCGAUACUGUGAAGAGAACAAGGGAAGAUGAAGUCGUAGCAUCAUCCUGUAAGAGAGCACGAUGAAUUGAGCAUCAUCUUUGUAAAUAGAAGGGAAACACAAACAGUCUGCAAAUAUCCUUCUCUUAGAUUUUCUUGGUAGCAGAAUGUUUUUUUUUACCUCCAUGUGUGUUGAAGGAGAAAAGUACCUGACAAAACUGCAAGUCUCAAAGAAAAGAAACACUAUAAUGUUUAAGAAUACAUGGAAGUUGUAUCUGCAGCUUAAAUCAA